AUGGCAUUCGCAUUCUUCAGACGACGUCCUAACAUUUCCAUAUUUCACAGCCCUUCGGUCCCAGCUUCGAACGAGGCAUUGCAGCUGCUUCAGAAGGCUGUUUCUGAGCCUUACCCUCCCGGGAAGCUGCCUCUCGACUUUGAUCUGGAAGUCAUCGAUUCCCAGCCUCCCACGCCCGACCAAAUCUCUACCAUCCAGAAUUAUCUGGGGAGCAACGCAAGCUUCGGGGCAUCUCCGAGCUUCUCAGCAGAUACCAAUUCGCCAGCUGCGAUUCACAAGGCCGCGAUUGAUAGCCUCGAUAGCGUCAAGUGGCCAAUUGUUGUGAACUGGGACGAUGGACAGGCCAGUAUUGGCAGCGUUCAGGGCGUUAAAGACAUGUUAAAGACGCUCAGCGACAAGAGAGGCGGUGGCAGCAAGAAUGGGUCGUCCUAACCAGCAUGUUGCAAUCAGUCACAUUUUGCAGGCUUGUACAACCAUAAGAUCAUGUAUCAACAGGAAACCAUUCGCUUCUCCACCCAUACUGUACAAGAGUCAGCCGACAUGGU